GAUUCAUGAUUUUGACAUGCUGAACUUCCUCACCAACGGCGAGGAGCCAGAGUCAGUCACUGCCAUCGGGCACUGCUAUAAUCCAGAGAUCCAGAAGAUGGGCGACAUCGACACGUGCGCAGUCAUGUUCAAGUAUGGGAAUGGCAUGCUAGCUAUGGUGGACACCAGCCGGGACGCAGCUUAUGGCUACGACCAGCGGAUCGAGGUCUUCGGCGAGAGCGGGAUGCUCACGGCCCACAACGAGCUCACCACCACUGUGGAACUGGCCACGUCAGCUGGGCAUUUGCGGCCCCCGGCCAUGUUCAGCUUCCCCCAGCGCUACAUUCAGGCUUAUCGCUCCGAGCUCACGGAGUUUAUCGAGCUCGUGCGCUCCGGCCGCGCAAGCGAGGCCCACGCAAAGGAGCAGGUGGCUAUGCUACGACAUCCCAGCAUCGUCCGCACAACUUUGGCCGCCGAACUAUCCUGGAAGCUGCGACGCACAGUUCAGCUGGCAGAGCUCGACAAGUUGACUGCUGCAGCGUCGGGAAAUGAGACGGAGAGCACUGCCUCAUCCGGCGAGCCGGCCGGCCGGAACAUGUUCGGCGACAAAUUCCGCAACUAUGAGAGCUCGCCACGCCAAGAGAAAGUCGCCGCAACCUAUGGCCUCAUGCACCGGAAUCAGACUGUGGAGUUUGUGAGGGAGCAGCAGGAGAAGUGGCUGAAGUUCAACAAGGGCGAGUUUACGAUCAUGGAG